ACGUAGUGAUGAAUGCCGGUAAUGUCGGCAUUUCUUAAAUUUGUUGCUGCUGGCUGAUUGACGCAAUCUAUAGGCGAUAACAGUCUCAUAAAACGCGUAUGAUAAAUCUAGAAACAGUUACAGUUCAGAUAUAGUAGGAGUAAUAUAUCAGCAAAGAUGCCGGAAUACGUGCCAUUGACAGGAUACGAGCAAUUGAUGGAUGCACUCAAAGUGCAAGCCAAAAAGAAUUGCCUUAUUUACAUGUAUUUCUUUGGCGAAAAGGACGGCAAUGGUCGAAGCUGGUGUCCCGAUUGUGUAGCAGUUGAGCAGAGUGUGGAGACUGCGUUUCGUGAGAAUGCUCAUCCGGAUUCGCUGAUCUAUACGGUGGAUGUUGGCAAUCGUGAUGCGUGGAAGGAUAUGACCAAUAAUAAAUUCCGACAUGAUCCGUUCAAUUUGACUCAAAUACCGUCGCUGCUGCGCUGGAAUGGCAGCGAGCGUUUAGAGGGCGAUCAGCUGCUCAAACCGUCGCUGCUUGAGCUUUUCUUUGAUGAGGCGAAGCUGGAAAGCUCCAUAGAUAUAACGGUGCCAUGCAAGUAACUGUAUAGCUGCCCCAAAAGAGCGAGAUGUGUAUGUGUGUGAGUUGAGUGUGAGUAUGUUUGUGUAAAUGUUUGUAUAAGAGAGAGUAAAAUAAACAAGCGUUUUGAGUUUAACUCAGAACGCAACUCGACUCAA